AUGUUGUACACGCAUUUCCAGAACGGAUAUUGUAGUACGCCUAACCACAUCGGUGCUAGAAAAUUAGCAAUGACUAUUACUGUACGGCUGCUUCUGUUUUCCUCACUGUUUCUGCUACCAGUUUCUGUGUUUGCUCAAACUAACGGUAGCAUAGCAGUCGGUGCUUCUCUUACUGCAACUGCAGGCAACUCCUCACCAUGGUUUUCUCCAUCUGGUGAUUUUGCCUUUGGAUUUCUGCCACUUGGAAACAAUGAUCUUUUCCUGCUCUCAAUAUGGUAUGCCAAAAUACCAGACAGAACCAUAGUUUGGUAUGCAAAUGGGGAUAAUAAGCCUGCGCUUGCACCUAAUGGAUCAACUGUGAACUUGGCUAACAGUGGACUAGAGCUUACAAGUCCUCAGGGUGAAGAGCUAUGGAAAUCUGAAACCAUUGCUGGUGUUGUUGUCAAUGGGGUCAUGAAUAAUACAGGCAACUUUGUUCUUCAAGAUGGCAAAUCAGGAAAUUUAUGGGAGACCUUCAACAAUCCUACAGAUACCUUGUUGCCUGGACAGAAAAUUGAAAGAAGUGGGAAGCUUUCAUCUCGAUAUUCGGAGACUGACUAUUCAAAGGGACGGUUCCAGCUGCUUCUGCAAGAAGAUGGGAAACUUGUGCUCAGCACCAUAAACUUGCCAACAGAAUUUGCCAACGAACCUUACUAUGAAACCGACACUACCUCAGGGACUGUGGCAGGUAGUGAAGGUAAAGAAUUGGUUUUCAAUGUCUCAGGCUACUUGUAUGUUCUGAGAGAGAAUGGUGGAAAGCACAAUCUUGCAGGGGAAGAGGUAGUCUCAGCAAGGGACAACUAUAUUAGAGCAACUCUCAACUUUGAUGGGAUUUUUGCUCAAUAUUAUCACCCAAAGAAUUUCACUGGAAAUGUAAGCUGGACUCUUCUGUGGUCAGAGCCAGAUGAUAUUUGCCGAAGAGUUACAGAAGAUUCAGGUUUUGGUAUUUGUGGGUACAACAGUAUCUGCAAGCUCAACGCUGAUAAUAGGCCAACCUGUCAAUGCCCAAGAGGAUUCUCUUUACUUGAUCCAAAGGAACCAUUCGGGAGCUGCAAACCGGAUUUCAUACAAGGCUGUGAAGAAGAUGAGCUUACUACCACAAAAGAUCCAUAUGAUGUAAUCGUGAUGACAAAUAUUGAUUGGCCAAUAUCAGAUUAUGCGCAGUUCAGACCUUUUACUGCAGAAAAGUGCAAUGAAUCUUGCUUUCAAGAUUGUUUGUGUGCUGUUGCUGUUUUCAGGAAUGAAACCUGCUGGAAAAAGAAAUUACCUCUCUCAAAUGGGAGAGUGGAUGUCAGUCUUAAUUCAAAGGCUUUCUUCAAAGUCAGAAAGGAUAACACAACUCUACAAUUUUCUCCAAUGCCAAAUCCAGAUGAUAAGAAGAAGAAGAGCAGUAACACUUUGAUACCCGUGGAAUCCGUAAUUCUGGCUACCUCUAUCUUUGUUAGUUUUAUGUUUAGUGCUGCUGUUUGUCUGGGAUUUUUCUUCGUUUUCCGGAAGAAACAAGUAAGGUCUAUCAAAAAUAUUUUGGACUCAAAUUUGUAUUCUUUUAGUUACCGAGAGCUUCAAGAAGCUACAAAUGGAUUCACAGAAGAAUUAGGAAGGGGUGCGUUUGGAGUUGUUUACAAAGGGACAAUACAAAUUGGUUCUGGUGUCCAAGUGGCAGUGAAGAAGCUAAACUGUGUGAUACAAGAUGGUGAGAAGGAAUUCAAGACAGAACUGCGCGUAAUUGGUAAGACACAUCACAAGAAUCUAGUUUGCCUGGUUGGGUAUUGUGACGAAGGGCAACAUCGAUUGCUAGUAUACGAGUUCUUAAGCAAUGGCACGUUAGCAAGCUACCUUUUUGCUGAUACAAAACCCAGUUGGACGCAGCGAAUUGAAAUUGCUUGUGGAGUUGCCAAAGGACUUUUGUACUUGCAUGAAGAGUGCAGCACCCAAGUCAUCCAUUGUGAUAUAAAGCCUCAGAACAUACUGCUUGACGAUUAUUACACUGCUCGGAUCUCUGAUUUUGGAUUGGCAAAGCUUUUGAUGAUGAAUCAGAGCCACACUCAUACUGCCAUUAGAGGAACAAAAGGGUAUGUUGCCCCUGAGUGGUUCAGGAACAUGCCAAUCACUGCCAAAGUUGAUGUGUAUAGCUUUGGUGUUGUGCUGCUUGAAAUCAUUUGCUGUAGGAGAAGCGUUGAUGUGGAAAACAGCUGUGAAGAGAGAGCAAUUUUAACAGAUUGGGUGUAUGAUUGCUACCGUGAAGGGAUAUUAGAUGCUGUUCUUGAUUAUGAAGUUGAGGCGUUGGAUGAUAGAAAGAAGCUUGUGAUGAUUGGUAUUUGGUGUAUUCAAGAAGACCCAUCUCUUAGACCAACUAUGAGGAAAGUUGUGCAGAUGCUUGAAGGCGUGGUGGAAGUACAUGUUCCUCCAUGUCCAUCUCCGUAUACCAGAACAGCCUGAAACCUAAAAGGAAUAACAUGCAACCCACCAAAGUUACUUCAACAGAAGACACGUGUGCAACCCACCGCAAUGAGUUGUAAAGUUGGUUCAAACAUAUACGUAUGGUCUUGUUAGUAUGUUAUUAGAUUACUGAGUUGUGAAGCUGCUGUCUUUAUCUUUUCUAUUAUUAGACUAGAUUAGUGCUUCAAGCAUCCGUUGGUUUUCCACCAUUGUUCGUGUAUAAAUACUCUACACUGUUAUCAAUGAAAAGCACACUUUCACACAUUUCUAUGUGGUAUCACAGCCCAUGACUUGCGGCAACUCUACUUCCAAUUUCUCGAUCCGACUCUAAUUUUUUUUUUUUCCUUCUCGGUUCUGCUCCUUUCCUCUUUCUAUUUCUUUUCUCCAAACAAUUUCAUCAUCUCCUCACUCAUCCCAUGAAUGAUAUGAACAAAGUUGAGAGAUUUGUGAUGGUUGCCAUUUGGUGCAUCCAAGAAGACCCUGCAGUGAGACCUACUAUGAAGAAGGUUAUAUUAUAUAUGCCGAUGCUUGAAGGAAUAGUUCAAGUUUCAGUUCCCCCAAGUCCUUUCCCAUUUAAAAUCUCUCCAAAUAUCAUCAAAUGAGGGUCGACUUUCCCAACUUUUCUCUCUGCCCUCUCUCGUGCGUUUUGGUUUGCACCCUCUCUGUUUGAGAGUCUCCUCUCCCUCUGGUGGUGAUUUUGCUUGGGCUUUAUGCUCAUUUCUAGUGGUUCUUAUCCACCCUUUCCCAUAGCCAGUGUUGUUUUCCUCUUUUUUCCCCAUCUCCUCUUCCUUUCCUUGUCCCAAAACUCAUAUCUUGGAUCGCUCCUUGCUCAACUCGAAUUCACACAACCUCUUCCGCUCUACUGUGUCAUCCUCUUCAGAUCCAUGGCUCCAUGUUGGCAUCUGUUGGAGCGUGAUUUUGGAAUCUCCUUAAAGCGCUUUUGUCGCUUAUUGGUCGCUGGAGGCUGUAUACAUCCUCCCAAGACAUCUCUUCGAGUUGCUAUGUUCUUUGUUCUUGGUGUUAUCUUGAUGGUGGAGUUGUUGGGUUCCUUCGGUGCUGGUGCAGACUGGUGGUUCUCCUUCCAUGUGGCGGCGGCUAGGUUUUUUUUAUGUUUGUUUGUUAUUUUGCUAGGCCUAGUUUGUUUGUUUUGUUGGGCUUUUGUUAUUUUUUUCAUUUUGUUGGAUCUUGUUUAUUGUGUGUGGUUGGGCCUUUUGUUAUGGGAUUGUGUUUGUGAUCCUAUAUCAUUGGACUAUCUACCAUAAUUUCCUUA